AUGACGAGGGAGUAUGGGUCGUUCGGAGAGGCGCGGCGAUUAUUCGACAUCGGCAACCACGAUGACGGCGACAAUGACAUUGUGUUCCUCGACGAAGGCGUGCACCACUUUGAUCUUCAAAACGGUGCUCGCUUGACGGUAUAUGCGAGCCCCUUUACUCUCGAAGCGGACUGGGGUUUCCAAUACCGCCGCGGCGAGGAUCACGAAUUUGCGAUUGGCGAUGAAGUCGAUGUCGUCAUUACCCAUGGCCCGCCAAAGGACGUCUUGGACCUCACAGCCUCCAGGUAG